CAUCGCCGCAGUGUAACGGUGAUCGGUCAAUCGUACGAAUCACUAUUAUUUCAAUCAUUACGCGCGGUCCGUCGGUAUUAUAAUAAUAUUAUCAUCAUCUAAUAGUACAUAAUAUUAUACGCGGAUACGCUCGUCCGCGGUACCUACAUAAUAUUAUAUUAUAUUCUAAUAUCGUAUAGGUACACUGCAACUUGCGGCAGUCGCAAGUGCUGGACGAAAUUUCGUAUUUUCUUUUUCAUACCAUUAUUAUAUUAUAUUUAAUUAUCAUUUCUUUACCGUACCGGUUACUACGCACACGCGCGGGCACAUAUAUAUUAUAUACAUUUUACAUUUGUGUGCCAUAAUAGUAUAAUGUGCCAGCUAUAAAUAUAGGUUUACCAAUACAGCAGAAUCCUUCAGCUGACCCGCCGGCCUGCAAACGACACAAUAUUAUUACUAUAUCAUGGAAGUCGAUGAAAAUACGUACUUACAACAUAAACGAAUGAAAGUGUAUAGCUUGGAAACCAAUUCUAUCGUCGAGAGAAAAUGGUUUCUGGAUCUGUUGACGUGCAUGUUCGGCGUGGGUGCUUGGAUACUGGUCAACAGUCUGUACACGCAGCUGCCAUUGCUCGUGCAGAGCGCGCCCGAGGGAUGGAACUUGCCGUCGUACUUGUCGAUUGCCAUACAAAUCGGAAACGUGGGCCCGCUGCUGUAUGGCGCCUGGCGCCGGAGAUACGGUAACCGGUACGACAGGCCACUGACGAUCGCCGUGCUCACUUUCGGCGUAGCGUCUGUGUUCCUGAUGGCCGGGUUUUAUGACGUGACGGGCUCAGUGUUCGGCCAAAAGCACAGCGUCGUACUCUGUGCGCUUACGUUCACCAUGGCGUUGGUCGGGUGCACUAGUUCCGUUCUGUUCAUACCAUCGCUGGCCCGGUAUCCGGACAUAUACCUGGUCACGUACAUGGUCGGCGAGGGCAUCAGCGGUUUCGUGCCCAGCGCGGUCGCUAUCGUCCAGGGCGUGGGCACCACCACUUGCCGGUCGGUAGUGGGGCCGGACGGGAAGACGUCCGAAACGAAGUCAACGACUGACGCACUCUUCUCGAGCGGCCCGUUUUUCGUCGGCAUCGGGGCAAUAAUGUGUGCGAGCACGGUGUCGUACUUGUGCUUGGAGUACUUGCCGACCUGCAAGAGAGAAAAGAUCCGGACGCCGCCGGACGACGACGGCCACCAGACGAUCGGCGUCGGCGGCACCGACAACCGCAGCCGUCAUCUAAACGUUUCGCUGCUGGCCUUGCAAGGCGUGAUCGUUUUCUUCGCCAACGGACUGUUGCCCAGCAUCCAAUCGUACUCGUGUCUGCCAUACGGAUACAUGGCGUAUCAUUUCGCGACAAACCUGUCAAACAUUGCCAACCCUGUGGCUUGUUUCGUCGCCUAUUAUACGAAUCGAACGUCCAAAACCGUAAUUUACAUGCUGUGCGGCGUUUGCUUAGUGUCCACAGUGUACAUGAUGAUAACCGCCUUUAUGAGUCCUUCGCCUCCAUUGAGCAAUUCAACCACUGGAACAGUCUUAAUAGUUUUUAUGUGGGUUUUAUUCUUUGGAUGUGCAUCUUAUGUUAAAUUGUCAAUAGCUGCAGUACUGCGAAACAAAGGUAACAGAGGACUAUUUCUUUAUGGCUGCAUUACUCAAAUUGGAUCAACAGCAGGAGCAUUGAUUGGAUUUUAUUUAAUUAACAUUGUACAAUUGUUAAAUUCAUAUAAUCCUUGUUGAAGGGUUUAAUUUUAAAUAAUAUAAUUAUAAAUGUUCCUUUAAACAAUUAAUAAUUUUAUUGAACUAAAGUAUAUUUUUUAUGAAAAUGUACAAUUUACUUAUUAAAUUAAACAAUAUUAUAGUAUA